AAAUUUUCGCCAAUGUUUAACAACCGAUUAUCAGGUUAAAAUUGGAAUGGAGGGAUUUGCAGUUUAUAUUUUUAUAAUAGGUGAAAUAGUUGAUAGUUACUUAAAUCGUAAUAUUGCUCCACUUGAACGAAUCAGAAUGGUUAUGACUGGCUAUUUUUUCAUCCAAUUAUGGCGUAUUCAUAUAGAAUUACUUUCUCAGAAAUAUCCUGACUUUAUUUCAUUACGCCAAAACUUUUUAGCAAAUCAAACAUUUGCAAUUUUUACUUCUCUUUGUGAAUCACUUGUUUUAUUAGUUAAAGCUCAUCGUGAAUAUUAUUCGCAAAUACCAUUCUUACCCUGGUACCAUGGAUCUGAGCCUGUUGAACAUUUUUUUGGUAUUGCACGUCAACUAAAUUCAGAUUUUGACUUUGCAGAUUUAAUUCAAAUGCUUCCCAAAAUAUCACAAUAUACCAAAGCUUUGAGAUCAAAAAAGUUAUUUUUUGAUCAAGAAAAAACUGUUCGUCAAGGUUAUCAUUUUGAUUACAAUUAUGGAAAUUUAGAAGAAUCAACGUUAGAAAUAUUAAGGCUUUGGCCAACAGACGAACAAAUUUCACAAACAAUGAAGCAUUCACAUCAUCUAGCUGUUGAACUAGCCGAAUUUCUUGGAAUGCUUCAACCUGCAGAUAUUUCUCCUGAAUUGAAUUCUUUACAAAUAUUAAUUAGCAUUCAUGAAGAAGAAGUUUCAACAUCCGAUAGGAAAAACCAGAGUGAAAAUGAUAAAGAACAAGAUGAAAAUGAUGAGACCGAUUUUUCUGCAGCAAUAACAGAAGCUUCACAUGAAAUGAGACGUAUUUCAACAGAGGGAAAUAAUGAAGAGAAUUUAUCAAAUUUAUUCCAGGAAGGAUGUUCGCAACUAACUCUAAUUGAUCAAGUUUCCGAAGAUUUAUCUACUUUAUAUAAUGGAGAUAGCAGUAAGUCAUGUUUUAAAAACAUACAUCUAUCAAUAAAAUUGUUACAUUGUUUUCAGAAAAAAAAAUUUUUAAAACUCUUAAAUUAUCAUUUAUUUUCAUUCUUUAUAAUUAAAUAA